AUGAACAAGAUCAAAACCUUCAGAGGCAAAGUAGCUAUUGUGACGGGUACCUCCAGGGGCAUUGGCGCCGGGAUCGCGUUCGAAUUGGCCCGGCGCGGUGCAAAGGUAGCCGGCACAUACACGUCUCAGGGCAGCGAAAAGGCAAUGGAAGCUCUCAUCGAGAAGAUUGAUGGUCUGGGCAAUGGUUCCCAAGCCAUCAAGAUCAAGGCCGACUUGAGAGACCCCUCCGUUCCCAAGCAAAUUCUCGAGCAGACAUUCCAGGCAUUCGGCACCAACGUCGACAUCCUCAUCAACAAUGCAGGUGCAGAGCUUGUCAAGCCGCUGCAAGAGAUCACGGUCGAAGACUUUGCUUCCAUCUACGACUUGAACGUCAGGGGCCCACUGCUCAUGACCCAGGCCGUGCUGCCGCAUCUCCGUCGUCCAGGACGCAUCAUCAACAUCAGCUCUGUCGGAGCUAGGUACGGCUUCAAGGAUCUGUCAGUCUAUUGUUCGUCCAAGGCUGCGCUGGAAGGCUUGACCAGAUGCUGGGCGGCGGAGUUGGGAGCCGCCGGGCACACGGUCAAUGCGGUCAACCCGGGGCCUGUCCAGACCCAGCUGAUGGAAAAUAUCCCCAAGGAGUACAUCGAGAUGCAGAAGUCACAAACCCCUGUCGAGAAUCGGAUUGGAACUGUGGACGACAUCGCACAGAUUGUCGCCUGGCUGGCUAGCGAGGAGAGUCGGUGGAUUAGCGGUCAGGUGAUCUCGGCGAGCGGUGGAUGGGCCAUGUACUGAGAUCGCAGGAUGACCACGUCAUCCUCAGACAUAAUGUAUGAAUUACCGUGCAACCAGUCAAACGUUAUAUUUUAGAGCCGUAUAAUUGGCAACGUUGUACGUAUUAUACUGUAUUUUCUUAGCCGCUCAAGGACAGCCGGGAGGUGGUCACCCUGCAAACAGAGAACGCUCAGAAUGGAGAUCUGCUUGUAAAAUCCACAGUGUCGCCACGUCAGAGAGACGACCAAC